AUGACUGAGGAUAAUCAACAAAAAUAUGCUUUAGUUUGUUGGAUUGGUGGAAAGUUCGAUCAAAAUUAUACGCUUGAUAUUCCUACUGAGUGGAUACGAGACUUUAUAUUAGAAGAAUGGGAGCAAAACUUUAAUGAUACAGCAUAUUUAAUUGAGUGGAGGGAAAAAAUAUCAAAAAAGAGAAAGAAACAAUUAGGAGGUUGGCCAGUGUAUGAUGGUUAUGUCAUCGCCGUUUCUUGUAAGUUAUAA